AUGGAUUAAAAAAUUAGUUUACAGCCAGGUUUGAUAAUAGAGUCUAGAUUCAAAUUGCUUAAAAAGUUAGGGAGUGGCAGCUUCGGAAUUGUUUUCUUAACUUAUGAUUUAGAGGAGAAGGAGUAUUGUGCAACGAAAUUCGAGAGUAGAAAUUUAUAAAUGAGAAUGAUGAAUCGAGAGAUACUUAUUUUGAAAUAGUUGAAAGGCAUCAAUGGUUUUCCACAAUUAAUCCACCAUGGAAAAGAUAAACAAUAUUAAUUUUAUAUGAGUACAUUGUUGGGUGAGAAUUUGGAAGUCUUGUUAUAAAAAUGUGGUGGUAAAUUUACUCUACAAACUGUCCUUCAAUUAUCCAUACAAUUGAUAGAUCGAUUGGAAGUGUUUCAUAGUAUGAAUUUCAUUCAUAGAGACAUAAAACCUGAAAAUUUCCUUAUUUCUAAGGAGGAUACAUCUAUAGUUUAUUUGAUUGAUUUCGGAUUGUCUAAAUAUUACCGAGUAGCCGAUGGUAGACAUAUAGAAUUUACGCAAAAGACAGGUGUAAUAGGAACUGCACGCUACGCUAGUAUUAAUACAUUAUAAUGGAUGGAAUAGUCUAGGAGAGAUGAUCUGGAAAGUCUGGGUUACAUGUUGAUAUAUCUGGUAAAAGGGGAGUUGCCUUGGUCAAAUGUAAAGGCUGUAAGUAAAGAAGACAAAUAUGAGCAAAUUUUAUAAAUUAAAAUGGGCUUACCCUUAAAUCAACUAUGUUUGAAUCUACCCAAGUGUUUUAUUCAUUAUUUUCAACAUGUCAAGUCUCUAUUAUUUCAACAACAACCUAAUUAUUCGCACUUAAGAAAUAUAUUCGAAAAACAAUUGCUUCAAUAUAAUCAUUAAUUAUACGACUGGGAACUCAAAACUAUAGAGAAUCAAUAAUUGUAAGAUAUUCUUAUUGAUCCUAAUUCAAUGCCAGAUAUUCGAUUACAGAGUGAUUUAGAUUUUGUUCCACCUGUUGAUGAUGAAGGUGAAGUCUUUCGGUUAAAACAAGAGAGUUAGCAUCAUGUCAAAUUUAUGAAAUAAUUGCAUGAAAAAUAUUUUGAUCACAAUACACAUAAAUAAGUGUAAUAGAUUUAAUUACAAAAAAAUACAUCUAUCGAACCUAAAAGUUAAGCCACAAGCAAAUAGAACAACUAUCAAACUAGCAAUCAUACUUUAGUCUAGAUUGAAUCUUAACCUUACAUUCUUAAUAACAUUUCAUAGUUCUCUAAAAGGAAAGAUUCUAAAUCAUACACUUCAUUUAAAUAGAGUUAAGAGCAUAAAGAAAAUAGGAAGUUUCGAUAAUCAAAUGAUGACUAUGAUUUAGAAAUGGGAAAUGAAGAUGGGCCUAAUCUUGACUUACAAAUUCUCUAAGCCAAUCACUUUUUAUAAUGA